AUGCUCAUCAAGCCUGUCUUGGGUUUGGCCGGCCUCGGAGCGACAGCACCAUCAGCACCCUCAUCAUCCUUGGACAUCUGGGCAAAUACAUCGAACAUCAUCGCGUUCGGAGACUCUUAUUCAUAUGUCCUGGGCACAGCAGGACGCCAGAAUUACAGCUUCAUCGGAGACUAUAAUAGGUUUGCCUUUUCUGCACAGAAGCUUUUGAACAACAAGAUCGUGCAGAGUCAGACCAGCACAGCAGAAGGUGGCCCAAACUGGCUUGAGCAUUUGACUGGCUGCGGAGUCAAUCCUGGAACCACCUCACCGUUGGAUUGUAACAUCCAGCUGUGGGACUUUGCUUUUGCAGGCGCAGAUAUUGGAACACAAUAUACACCCAGACACAAAGCCUACACAGUGCCCCUCGUGAACCAAACGCAGCAAUUCCUCACCUACGCCCAACCAGCGCUCCACAACAUCACAACUCCAGAAACCACCCUCGCCACCUUCUGGAUAGGCACAAACGACAUAUUCGACACCUCUACCUCAAAGGUUCCCAUCGACACUCUCUACACAGAUAUGAUAACCACCCUUUACCAAUCCAUCCAAACCAUCCACGAUGCAGGCUAUCGCAACUUUCUGAUCAUGAAUCUCGCACCAUUGGACAAAACGCCAAAGAAUGUUCGCAGUAUACGUCCUUUACCUAGCAAAAGCAUGGUGAAUCGCUGGAACACCAUCCUCGCCUCUCAAGCCGCCGACUUCCGAACACGCAACUCUGACUCCAAUGUCGUGGUGUUUGACUCCAACACUUUCUUGAAUGAGAUACUGAAGAACCCUGCGCCUUAUGGAAUCAAGAAUACCAAGGACUUUUGUGCGGCGUGGAAUCAACCUAAUGUUGUGGCUGAUGCGACGCAAUAUGGGUGUCUGCCUAUGGAUCAGUAUUUCUGGUUCAACACGGCGCAUUUGACGACGCAUACUCAUGAGAUCUUGGCGGCGGAGGUCAAGAGGGUUUUGAGUGGUGGUUCGUGA